AUGACCGUACACAUACCCGAACCCUUGGCGGUCAGACCACCUGCUGCGUGGCGAACACUGUACGACCGCCCACCCUGCCGCAACUGGCCACUCAUCAGCCACGACCGGCCAGGCCGUGGGGCCCCGUUCACUGCUGCCCCCAACCACCACCAAUCGCACUCGUGGCCGCUGCAGUCCGCAGGGCUUCCCUCGCCCGCCCAACUUUUGCAAGCGGACGCAAAGGAUUGCCUGCCCGCCCAAUCAUUUCCCUCGGCUAAUCUUCGCCCUCGCGACUGGAGGCCCCAGCGCAGCCUGCCCGGCCAUCCCCUGCCUGUGACGACACCGUCCUUACCGUCGUGA